AUAGAGCAAAAAGGAGCAAACAGUCGCCAGAUUGUUAGCAAUAAUAUAGGACGCCCCAAAAAUACUUCUUCCCUUUUAAAGGAUCAUGACUUGGUUUGACGCUUUUAGGAGUCAUAAGGAGCCUAGUUGGUUCGAACUCAAGGAUGUUGAAAUGGUCGAUGUAAAAUUUCUUGCAAUCAUACUAGUUGGAUCUUUGUCAGCUGUAGCAAUAAUAAUGUUGGUUAUUGGGACAAAGGGAAAAGAGAAGUGGAUGACAUUUCUUAAAGCUUUUCUAUCAUUAUUUUGUGGAAGUGCUAUUCUCAUAUCGCUAACUAGUAAUUGUUGGAUGACGGGAAGAGUUAAAGCGGUUGGUCAGUAUAUACCUAUGUGCGAUCUGUUAAAUGUCGAUGGAAGCGUAACAGUAUCGGUUGGCCUUAAAAUGGUUGAUGUUCGAUUGAAGGGCAAAGUAAAAAUGGGUGAAGAUGUUUCUGAUAUUGUAGAUCAUAGAGAAACAAUAACGUGGAAAUCUGUUGAAGAUCCCAGUUUGCUGUAUUUAAGUGCCUAUAGUAAUUCGAAACCGGUUGCAAUUAUUAAAAUUCUUGAAUACUUUAGCAUUGAUGCGGGAGAAUUAAGAUGGAUGAGAGAUAUAAGAUUAGCUGGUAAUUUCGUAAGGGUGCUAAUUUGGAGUUCUCUUGUUUCCUGGCUCAUGGCUAAUAUUUAUUUAGUUUAUAUUUUAAAAUAUGGAACAUUUAUGGGAACAUUAACUGGUAUACUGAUGUCAGGAUCAUGUUGCUUAUAUCAUCUACUGCAGCCAAGACAUGAACUACUCCUACCUGUAGAUGGAACUAUAGUGGGGUUGCAAUAUGGUUGGUGCUAUUGGUUUACCCUAAGUGCAGGUAUCUUAACUCUUAUUUGUUGUGUAAUUGCGCAAAUAUUUUGGGCAAUUUAUCCUUACAAAUCACAUAUGUGGAUGUCGAUGUAUGAACAAGUACUUGUAAAAGAAGCUGAAAAUUUUGAAAAGGAUUAACAAUACUAAGAGUUAACAGAAUAAUAUUAAUAUUAUAAAAGUUUUAAAGAGAGAAAAAUAAUAAUAUUAUUAAUAAUAAAGACAAAAUAUUAAAAAUCAGGCAUGCAUACAUACGUACAUACAUACAUUCAUAACAUACAUUCAUAUUGUAUAUAUAAACAGAAAACAGGAAAAACAAGGACAAAAUAUAAGCGUUAAACUUUAAAGAAAAAUAAUUUAUAUGUAAAGAUAUGACUUCAUCUUUGUUUCUUCAGUAAACAGAGAAAAAGUAUAAAUUUCUGUCUCUUUUUUUUAUUGCUACUAUUUUAGUUGAUAAAUUAAGGUAUUGUAAACAAUAAACAUUCUGUAUUUAUCGUUUUAUGUGCGGCUCUAUCAAACUACUAUAAUAUAUAUAUGUGGAGAAAAAGGGAGGGGGAUGGGAUGGGAGGAUUGGGUUGGAGAGAGAAUGAGAGAGAGAGAGAGAUAAAAAGUGACUUGUAUGUACAAUCAGGUCAAUAGUUUAUUUUUUUUACGAUUUUAGAAUUCUUUUUAAUAAACCAUUUUUAAAUCUUAGCUAUU